AGUGGCUGCGGUGCCACCACUGGCACUUUUGGCCAGCCCCCAAAGUGAGGAUCCACAUUCCCCACAGUUGUCUGAUCCGGCCAUCAUGAGUGACGAGGGCCAGCAGUCCCAUGGCCAGGAGACGUAUACUCUACACCUGCAGCCCAUCGACCAAACACAGGCAAACAUGACUGAGGACAAUCCAGUCCAACCGCAAGCUUCUCAGACUCAACAAAUGACCUCAACACCAGGGACAAGCCAAAUUCCGCAUGAGUUUUGGUCAAGUUGGGCAGAACAACAGGCACACCACUCUGCGUGUCUCAACACCCAAACACAACACCUGUCUAGUUUGCCCCAUCAUUUGCCUAAAGUUAGCCGCAACUCUGCCAGACUCAUCGUGCAAGUAGGGCGGAUAGCAAACACAAUGGAGCAGAUGAGGGCAGACAAUUCUCAAAUGCAGGCAACCCAUCAGCGCAUCAUGGAUGAGCAACUGCGCCAACACCAAACCCUCAUACAGAUUAUCCAGCAUAAUCAAGUCAUAAAUGACAAUUUGUCGCGAACCAUUGCCAACAAUACAGCUGCUUAUACCCAGCUAACGGCCAGUUUAAAUAUUUUGAGCCAAAAUUUUAGUGCAAUGGCACAACAACAUGUGGCCACAAGCUCAAGCACAACAACCCCGACCCAAACACCAGUACAAUCACCAGUUCGACGAUCAAGUCGAAGCCGCACCCACGAACAACCACAAGCCUCUGCACCCAGCACCCAAAAAAAGAAAAGAUAAUCUGUACUGCACAUCAUAUGCUGGCCAGUUGCAAGUAAAAUAUAUGUGUUCAGAAUAUAUUGUUCAGUAUUUUUCAAUA